AUGGCGCCAGCAGAUUCAGCCAGGAUAGCAGAGGCCAAGAAGCUGGCAAAGACGGAUCCGAAAAAGGCAGAGGCGCAAUACAAGGAUAUCAUCUCCAAACCUCCUUCAGUCACUUCAGAGGCUGCCGUACGGGAAUAUGAGACUGCGCUGGUCAGCUUGGGAGAGUUGUAUCGGGAUGGAAAGAGAGCAAAUGAUUUGGUAGACUUGAUUACGACGAGCCGGACGGUGUUGUCAUCUUUUGCAAAGGCAAAGACAGCAAAGCUUGUUCGACAACUUCUCGACCUCUUCCAUGCCAUCCCAGACACCACUGAUAUCCAAAUAUCCGUUACGAAAUCAUGUAUCGAAUGGGCCACCUCUGAACGCAGAGGCUUCCUUCGCCAGAACCUCGAGACCCGUCUCGUCACCCUCUAUAUGGUCAAAGCCUCCUACUACGAUGCCUUGACCCUCAUCAACAGCCUCCUCAAGGAGCUUAAACGCCUAGACGACAAGCUUGUCCUGGUAGAAGUCCAACUCCUAGAAUCCCGCGUCUAUCAUGCCCUAGGCAACGUCCCUAAAGGCCGCGCAGCCCUCACCAGUGCCCGCACAAGCGCUGCGUCCGUCUACACACCUCCUAUGCUCCAGGCCGGUCUGGAUAUGCAAUCCGGCAAGCUGCACGCUGAAGACAAAGACUUCAACACAGCCUUCUCCUACUUCAUCGAAGCCCUUGAUGGCUACCACACUCAAGACGAGCCCGAGAAAGCCACCGCGGCCCUACAAUACAUGCUUCUUUGCAAAAUCAUGCUCAACCUGGCAGACGACGUCAACCAACUCAUGACAUCCAAGCAAGCCAUCAAAUACGCAGGCAAGAACCUCGAAGCCAUGAAAGCCGUCGCACGUGCACACUCCAACCGCUCUCUCGAAGAAUACGAAAAGGCACUCGGCGACUACCGCCAUGAACUCGGCUCGGACCCCUUCAUUCGCAACCAUCUGCGCCGGCUCUACGACGCCAUGCUGGAGCAGAAUCUCAUCAAAGUAAUUGAGCCCUUCUCGCGUGUCGAAAUCGAACACAUUGCCAAGAUGGUUGGCUUAGACACGCAGCAGGUAGAGCGCAAGCUGUCGCAAAUGAUUCUCGACAAGGUGAUUAUUGGGGUGCUGGAUCAGGGAGCUGGGUGUUUGAUUAUUUUCGAUGAGACGGAGAGGGAUGAGGGGUAUGAUGCUGCGUUGGCUACGAUUGAGAAGCUGAGUAGUGUGGUGGAUGUGCUCUAUACGAACCAGGCGUCUAUGCUCGAAUAG